UUGAGUAAUAAAAGGUAACAAUAAUUAAUAAUUGUCGCUAUGAUCGCCAUUGCGCGGUCAUGUUUUGAUCAUAAAAAAAAAUGGCCGUCGCACCUCCACUGCGUGAUUGAAAAAUUGCUGAAAUAAAAUAAACCGCGAUUAUUAACAGUAAAUAUAACAACAAUUAUAUACAAAAGUAAGUUUAUUAUAUGAAAGUGAGGUUGUUGUCAACAGCAGCACCAGGAUCUGCAUCAACAAUAAUCAGUAUCCAAGUACUGAACAAGUAAAUGCCAGGGAAUAUAUUGCCGUGUAAAAAAUAUCACUCACAUGUCUUGGUAUUGGUAUACAUAUCGUUUGUUAUCAAUCUUGGAGCCAGUGAUAGUUUGUUUUAAGUAAAAUAAUAAUCAGGGUUUGUGAUAAUGAUCUUAUUUUACUUUUUUAAUGGCUCGUGUUUCGCGACAAGACUAUUUAUCGAUUAAGUAUUAAAUUAUUUAAAAAAUAUUUGAUUUUAAUUAUUUGAGGAUCCGUGGGGUAUCAGUUUUUAUGGAUUAUGGCGUCAAUGGAUUUUGAUGCUGAGUAUUUUGAAAAGAGGUUGACGAAUCUAAAAGAUUCGCAAGACUCGAUUCAGAGUUUAUCAGCAUGGUGUCUUGAACGUCGUCCUCAUCAUAAGAAAAUAGUCGCUUCAUGGCUGCAGGUCUUGAAAAAAGUCAAAGUCGAACAUCGGCUGACUUUAUUUUACUUGGCGAAUGAUGUGAUCCAAUACUCAAAGCGCAAGAAUUUUGAGUUUGUCGAGUCCUGGGGCACGACGCUCCAGCGAGCUACCACAAUGGUCCGCGACGAGAAAGUGAAACACCGCAUUCUGCGUAUCUUCAAGAUCUGGGAUCAGAGACAGGUGUACGAUGAAGAGUUUCUGGCAGAUCUGUCGAGACUCAUUUCGGCAGCACCCAAGAAGAAGGCUGAACCACAGCCAAUCGUAGUCCCUGAAGAGUUUCAGGCUGCGCUGCUCAUUUCGACUAUGAGGUCUUGUGAAACGCUUGAACAAGCCACUGAUGCACGAUUAAAGGACUUGCGUGAUAGUAACGUCGACAUUGAUAAUGCUGAAGAGCUCUGUGCUUCUCUCAAGGAUCGGAGGCAUGUAGAAGAUGCAGAGAAGGAAGUUGAGGUCGCGGUGAGCAGUGUUGAGAACUAUGUUCGUGCUUUGGAGGCGGAGAUAAGGGAGCGAACCCAGGUUUUGGAGUUACUUGAGCAGGCGGAUCAGUUUUAUGAGACUCAGAGGGGAGAAGUUAAAAUUGUUGCUAAUGCCUACAGAAAUUUUGGUAGUCGAGUUAAAAACUUGAAAAAAAAACUCGAUGAGUUGCUACCGACUCUUACAUCACCUAUUCCUUCACCAGAUGUCAAUGCGCCUUCCCCGAGUCCUGACAGUGACAUUGAAUUACCUGGUGAUGAAUUGAAUGCUAGUAGUAACAUUAUUGAUGUCACUCCAGCUCCGAUGUAUGGGUCUUAUGUCCAGGAUUACGAUGUUGGAGCAAUUCCUCCACCAGAUUUAACUCAAGGAAACAGUUCUACUGAUUUUACAAGCAAUUUUUCGUCAUUUAUGGGUGGAAAUGUUGAUUUUGAUAUGAGAAAUAUAUUCAAUGAUAGAUCGUUAACACCAACUGGCAGUAAUCACUCCUACAAUAUACCAACAGAGGCAAUGCCGAUUGAAGUGAUAAACAUGCGUCCAAAAGAUGGGAAUGAGUUUACUCCAAGUUUCUUAAAAUCAGUUCUUCCGAGCUCAGAAGCACCCUCUGGAAUUCCCGGUCUAGGUCUAGACAUACCCGAGCCACCACCAGAGUCAUCUCAGCGCUCAGAGUACCCACACUUACCUGGUCAGCUAAAUAACGCAGCGCGAUUGAGUCUGGGAAAUCAGUUGCGAGGACUAGGCAAUGAUUCACACACUCCUUCACCGUACUCG